UAUAUUAUAUAUAUAUUUGCCACAAUAAAAAAGUAAAAACCAAUUAGAAAUAUAGAUGACAGAUACACAGGGGACAGCCACAGCAGCAGAAGGUGUGGGCAAGACCAGAGACCAGACCAUGGAGGGCCAGUGCGACCUCAUCUCUAACCACGAGCAGCUGCCCAUGCUGGGCCAGCGCCCUGGAGUCCAGGAGAGCAAGUGUAGCGGUGGAGCCCUCUACACAAGCUUUUCUGUGCUGGUGGCUCUGCUCUUAGCCGGCCAGGCCACCUUGGCCUACUUCCUGUACCACCAGCAGGGCCUGCUGGACAAGCUGACAGUCACGUCACAGAACCUGAAGCUGGAGAACCUGCACAUGAAGCUUCCCAAGUCUGCCAAGCCUGUGAGCAAGAUGCAGAUGGCUACCCCCAUGCUGAUGCAGGCACGUCCCAUGGAAGGCCUGCUGCAGGAGCCAAUGCAGAAUGCCACCAAAUACGGCAACACCAUACAGGACCAUGUGAUGCACCUGCUGCUGAGGUCUGACCCCCUCAAGGUAUACCCGCACCUGAAGGGGAACUUCCCAGAGAACCUGAAAUACCUUAAGAACACCAUGCAGGGCCUGGAUUGUAAGAUUUUUGAGAGCUGGAUGCAACAGUGGCUGUUGUUUGAAAUGAGCAAGAACUCACUGGAGGAGACACCCACUGAGGCUCCAACCAAAGACCCGCUGGAGAUGGAAGAACUGUGGUCUGGGCAGGGAGUGACCAAGCAGGAGCUGGGACUAGGCCCCAUGUGAGAACCACAGGCAGAGAUCAGCUUCUAGCCAGCCAGGCAUGACCACAGCUUCUUCGCUCCCUUAACCUGACACCACAGAAGACCCUCACUCUGCAUACACACAUGCCAUGAACAUGCACAAAUGCCAAACAGGUGCACACUUGUGUGCUCACUCACACACACACACACACACACCCGCCCCCUACCUUUGAGCUCCAGGUCCUCAGCUUUUCAUCCAAUUUAACUGGAAUAAGAACCACCUUCUUCCUCCCUCAGGAACCACCAGCCUCCCUCCAUCUCCUUUUUGUGCCAAACCCCAGUUCCCCCCACCCUUUCACCAAGCUUGUCACCAGUGCUGAGGGCCUCAGCUUGUGUGAGAAUAAAAGGUAGUAAGUAGGGGAAAAAAAAAAAAA